GGCCGCCCAUGGCGAGGCCGCGCCGCCGCCGCCGCUGCUGACCCGGGGCCGCGCCGGGGCCCGGGCGCCCGCCAUGGGGAACACCGCCUCGUGCUGCGUGUCGUCCAGCCCCAAGCUCCGCAGGAAUGCCCACUCGCGGCUGGAGUCCUGCCGGCCCGACGCCGACCUGAGCCGCGAGGACACGGGCUGCAACCUGCAGCACAUCAGCGAUCGGGAGAACAUCGACGAUUUGAACAUGGAAUUCAAUCCUUCAGACCAUCCUCGGGCCAGCACAAUAUUCCUCAGUAAAUCGCAGACGGAUGUGAGAGAAAAACGCAAGAGUCUCUUCAUUAACCACCAUCCUCCGGGACAAAUAGCAAGGAAAUACAGCUCCUGCUCGACUAUUUUCCUAGACGAUAGCACAGUCAGUCAACCAAACCUCAAGUAUACAAUUAAAUGUGUAGCUCUCGCAAUAUAUUACCACAUUAAAAACAGGGACCCAGAUGGAAGGAUGCUCUUGGAUAUUUUCGAUGAAAACCUUCACCCUCUCUCGAAAUCCGAAGUGCCACCAGAUUACGACAAACACAACCCAGAGCAGAAGCAGAUUUACCGGUUUGUUCGGACACUGUUCAGUGCUGCUCAGCUGACUGCGGAAUGUGCCAUUGUCACCCUGGUGUACCUCGAAAGGCUUCUGACGUACGCGGAGAUCGACAUCUGUCCGGCCAACUGGAAGCGGAUUGUUCUCGGGGCCAUCCUGCUGGCCUCCAAGGUGUGGGACGACCAGGCGGUGUGGAACGUGGACUACUGCCAGAUCCUGAAGGACAUCACGGUGGAGGACAUGAACGAGCUGGAGCGACAGUUCCUCGAGUUGCUCCAGUUCAACAUCAACGUUCCCUCCAGUGUUUAUGCCAAGUAUUAUUUUGAUCUUCGUUCUCUGGCGGAAGCCAACAACCUGAGCUUCCCCUUGGAGCCUCUGAGCAGGGAGAGGGCCCACAAGCUGGAGGCCAUCUCCCGCCUCUGCGAGGACAAGUACAAGGACCUGAGAAGACCCACGAGGAAGCGGUCAGCCAGUGCUGACAAUCUGACUCUGCCCAGGUGGUCCCCCGCCAUCCUCUCCUAACCGUUGGCAUCUCCGCUGGAGGCCGUGCCAUCCCUCCGUUUCUCCUGUAGUUCGAGAAAAGACAGACGUGGGGUGGUGUGUUUGGUUUUUCCUUUCCUCUUCUUUUUAGUUCCUAGCUCCGCCAGGCUGCCUUGAUGACCGCCUCCGCGCCGCGCGCGCUCUUGCGCAGCAGGGCUCGAGGAAGCCAGGCUCUUCCGUGGGAUCCCGCCCGCGCCUUCCCGGCUCGGGGACAGCACUUCCUUCGUGGAGGAAAAAGACUCUCAUCCUGGAGGAGGAAGGGAGGGGAAGUCGUGUCGAGGCAGGGAAAGCGGCUUGGCGGUUUCCUAAGUCUCCCCGUCGGUCGGUAGACGGGACAGCCCGGCGUAGAUGACAGAGUUGGAUGCGCAUUAAAGGCCAGUGCCGCGGUCGCCACCCCACCCGGAUCAGUGUGUACCUUGAGACUUCCUGCAUUCCUUCUUGCUGCUUCUCGGGGAUUUGGGGGGGAUUUUUGUUCGUUUUAUUCUGUUUGGGUUUUGGUCCCACAGAGCAGAGAAUAUAGUUUGUACCCACUACGGCACAGACCUCCAAAUAAAUAGUACUGGCUGUUUCUCUCUGCACCA